ACGUAAUAGUACAUUGGCGAAUACCUCUCUACACUUGGUGAGGUACCCGCCCGGUCGAUCUGCUGUGAGUCAGUCCAACUUGACCGCGCGGGCUAGCAAAGUGCAGCAAGCAACUGGAAAACCUGCGAAGGCUGCUUCAUUCCGAAUCGACGCGUUUUCAAGAGCUGUUGUGAUUUCAAAGUCAAGAAGAAAAAGGAUCGCAGUCGUAAUUUUGCGCGUGCUUGCGUCGAACAGUUGGGGCUAUAUUAACGUUAUCGAAAUCUAAAAUAAAGUGUUAAUUGCAAACGAUAAACUUAAUUUGAAACUCAGUUAGAGUGAUCUUGAAGAGAACAGAGUGUCUUACCCGGAAAACGAAUAAAGUGGCAAGUUCAAGUUCUUUAAACGAACAAGAAAGGCGAAAAUCAGUGAAACAAAAUGAUAAUAAUGAUGAAAAUAGUAUUGACAUCUGUGUUCAUGUGCGGCAGUUACGUGAUUUAUGCCCAGGCACAGCAUCUGCUGACCCAGGCCCUCUAUCUCGGCGACCCGAGCAUGUUCAACACGACCAAGGAGGACUGCAUCUGGAAGCGGAGCGAGGACCGGUGUCCGGAUCCGGACAUCAAGACCAUCCUGUAUACGUCCGGUAUUGUGAAGGAUAAGUUUCUGUUCAACAUGAAUCACCCGGAUUGGCUGAACGAUACCGAGUGGGACCGAUCGAAGGAGAAUAUCAUUCUAGUUCACGGCUACGCUGGCGGAGAUGACACCCUACCGAUUGCGGUUUUGCGCGAUGCCUACGUAAAUCACGGAGGAUACAACGUGUUUCUGAUCGACUGGGGUGCCCUGGGUCAGCCACCCUGCUACGUUGCUGCCGUGUACAACAUCCGACCGAUCGCUUCGUGCCUUGCCAAGAUGUUCAUGAAACUGCGAACGUUGGGACUUCCGGCAGAGAAAACGACCUGCGUGGGACAUUCACUGGGGGCGCACAUCUGCGGGAUCAUGGCAAACUAUCUCAACUUCCGACUGGAACGCAUUAUCGCUCUGGACCCAGCCCGACCACUGGUCAAACCCGGAAACUUGAACCGAUUGGACAUCGGAGACGCUAAGUCCGUGCAGGUGAUUCACACCAAUGCAGGACACUACGGCGAGGGAGGUCGAGUGGGACAUAUCGAUUUCUGUAUCAACGGCGGCCGGCGGCAGCCCUACUGUGGAAACAGCACAAACAUCAACUUGUGCAGCCACAUUUGGGCGAUCUGCUAUCUGGCGCAGUCCGUGUACGACGGUAUGGAACCGAUGGCGGAACCGUGCCACAGGAGGUGUCCUACCAAUGUUCUACUCCCGCCAUCGGGACGGCAUGGAAGAGGUCGCUUUGGUUAUGCGAUAGGAUACGCCAUUCCGAUGGGGCAGAAAACGCCUACGAGCGCAUUUGGAUCAUACUGCGUCAAGGAUACUAACCCACCGUUCUGUCCGACCAAUCCUGGAAUGCCCGGGGAUAAACGAUGCUUGACAAUGAGUAAAGUGCCGUUAAAAUUGAUUUCGUUUGCCGUCUCAUUGAUAUUCAUCGCAGCACACGGACGGGAGUUUACCAUUGGCCCCUGUCAGCUUCAGUAUUACGAACCAUGCAACUCCGAUGCCAUAGAGUUCUACCUGUUUACCAGUGAUAGCCCUGGGGACGCUCCGCUACUGCUGGACAACAUCGAUCCUAAAGUUCCUAGCCAUAUCAAUCUCACCUAUAGGAAUAAGUUGAUAGUGCACGGUUACAACGGUCACAUAGAUUUCAAUGCCACGAAGAUCAUUCGCAACGCCUACCUGAAGCAGCCUCGCACCAACGUUUUCGUCGUCGACUGGGGAAAACUGUCCCGGUUGCCCUGCUACCCGACGGCGGCGUUCAACACCAAGCAAGCCGGCGAGUGCACCGCAACGUUCCUUAUUGGUCUCAAGGCCAACCAUCCGGAGUUCAGCUGUCGGGAUCUGCACUCGAUCGGCUUCAGCCUGGGCGCCCAUGUGCUCAGCUUCACCAGCAACGCACUGGAGAAGUCCAUCGGCACGAAGUUCAGGCGGAUUACAGGUCUCGAUCCGGCGUUGCCCUUCUUCGCCACCGCUCGCCAGCAGUGGAAACUGGACCUCACCGAUGCGGAUUUUGUCGACGUAAUUCACACCAAUGCCGGUGUGUUCGGCAAGAUUGAGACCUGUGGGCACGUGGAUUUCUACAUGAACGGUGGCCAGACCCAGCCGAUGUGCGAAAAUGCGACGAAUCAACCGCUGUGCAGCCAUAUGAUGGCCCCUGCCUUCUUCGCCGAGUCGAUCUCCAGCAAGCCGGGCUUCUGGGCAACCAAGUGCACCAGCUACUUUUCCUACUUUUUUGGUUUCUGUCGGUACAAAGCUGAGCAGAAGCAGUUUGCGCUGUUCGACGACAGCCGGAGCCAGGAACUGGACGACAACAGUGUGAUCGAUAACGAUCGAAUAUUGAUGGGCGAGCACUGUUCGCAUACAGCCGAAGGGGUCUAUUUCGUGCCAACCAAUAAGAAACCACCGUUUGCCAUGGGCUACUGAAAAGACUAAGCGGUUCAGGAGCGAAUUUCCACACCGUAGCGGGCCGCUAAUCAGCCGGAUCUGAUUUUAUGCUCUGGUGUUGAGCAACCCGAAAGCUAUGAGGAGUUAAUCAUCGAAACAGAUUACCAGAUUAUCUUCCGACGACAAUGAAGCGUUUCGCUUGGUUGGUUGACGUUAGAAACUAUGCAUCGAAAAAUCGUUCAAUAUGAUAAGAAAUCGUCAACUUCUAGUUG